GUUCCUGGGCGGCGCGGCGCGCGCCCCUGGCGGCCGCGGCCGCGGCAGGCAAAUCCCCCACAGCGUGCAGAGCGCGCGCCCGGCGGGGCGCCGGGCCGCAGGUUUGGUGAUACAGAUGACACGGGCGCGGCGCUUUGGGAGCGCCCGACCAGCCGAGCGAGGGCCGGGGCGCGACUGAUGGGGGCCGCCCGGGAUUAG